CUAACGUUCGUUUAGUCACCAGUUUAGUUUAUUAUUUAAAUCAGUUUAACAGAUAUAUUUAUUUAUAAUUAAUUAUUGUGAUAAUUAUUAAAUAUAAUAGUAUAUAUAUAUUUUUUUAAUUGUUUUAAAAAUGGAUUUUUGUACAAGUACGCCACUUGUUGUGGCCAAACAAAAUUCUUCGCGUGUUAAUAAUGAUAAUAAAUUAAAUCAAAAAUUAUUUAUUAAUAAUCCUGAUCCAAAUAAUAAUAAUGAUAGUAAUAAUAACAAUAAUAAUAGUAAUAAUAAUAAUAAUAAUAAUAUAUUUUUUGAUGAGUACUGGGAAAAAAUAAACGGCCCAAAAUUUGUAGAUUUUGCAAAUGGAAUUCCAGAGCCGCGUGAUUCAUUUUUUGAUGGACGCCAGUCGAUUUGUCCGACUCCAGUAAAAGAAGAAAAUUUCUUGCAUUAUAAUAAUGAUCUUAUUAAUACAUUGGAAAAUUUUUCAUUGGGUUCAGAAAAUGAUGAUGACGUUGAAGACAUUACACUUAAAGCUGAUACAACUGUACAAGAAUUAAAUACUAAUGAGACGAGUGUAAUUAAUUGUGGGGAUACGAGUAUUGAUAGAAGACUAUCACGUUUAUCAACAACACCUCAGCCGUUUAGUUUUGAAUCCCGCGAAAAAGAUAAACAAGAACGUAAAUUAGCAAAGAAACAAUUUUUGACAAAUGACCAUGAGAAACAAACGGGAUUCAAAGCGCGCCCGGCGCCAAAAUUCAAAAAUCCGAUAAGAAAUCCAAUAAAGCAAAUUAAGAAAGAGGAGAAACGUCCAGUGCGGGAAGAAGUUCCUCGAGUAAAAAAUGAAGUCAAGUCGGCUCAGGAAUUUUUCAACUGGAAAAAAGAAACUAAACCUGUGGUGUGCAAAGGGUCAAUUAAAGAAGAAGUCAUAUCUCCGAUAAAUUUGUCUCCCGUUGAAAAAGUUGACAAAAGUGUUUCGUGUACCAUCGAAGAGUUGGAAAGUCAACUGAGUGUACAAGUUAGAGAUAAUGAUGGUAGUGCUGAGCCUAAGCACAGGAAAAAAAUUGAGGUUUGGAAUCAGAAACCGUUUCAAGUAAAUCUUCCAAAAAGACGAAUUUUAGUUCCAAAGUCACCAAAAUUACGAACUGCCGAAAGAGCACGGGAGAGAAAAUUAUUUGAAGAAAAAUUGAAAAAAAGAGAAAAAGAUUUUGAAGAGUUUCAUAAAAUAUUGUCCGAAACUCAAAGAGAAAAGGAAAAAGAUGAAAUAGCCCGUCUACGUCAGCAAGCGACAUUCAAAGCCCGUCCGAUGCCAAAGUAUCCAGAUGUCAAAGUAUCAGUUCCGUUUAAACGUCCACUUGUCAAUCCGCCGAUUCCCCAAAUCACGAAACGCCCGCGUCGAAAUGAAAAUUAAUUUAACCAACAGUCAAAAUUUUUAAUAGAAAAUUAAAAAAAAAAAAAUAAUCAUUUUUUUUUUAAAUUAAUUUUUCACGUGACAAUAUUUACAAGUAUUAG